UUGGCUAAACGGGACAGUUCCCAAUCGAGGCCUAAGCAUGGAAAGGAAUUUUGGACCAAUAAGAAUCCUUAAUUGGAUUGGUUUAUUAUUCUUUAUAUUUGAAGCAAUUUGUUACUUGUGUUUUAGUAGUAGUUUUAUUUCUACUUUAUAAUAGUUUCACCAUACUGAAAGGAAAGGGGAAAUGAAAGACAUUAUAAAUCUUCGGGUUUAGAGAAAAUUUUUGGGAUUACUUUUAUUAUUCCCAAAGUGGUUUGGUUUUCUGUAAUAGAAACCAAAAUUUAGCUUAAGUUUUCUAUAAUAGAAACCAAAGUUUAGCCUUGGCAACUAGAGUGUAAAAAUGGCAGGUGGCCUGGGGUGGGCCUGAUCCCAACCCGAACCGUUGGGCCUGCGCCAUCAUUUUGAAGCCUAGUCCGGCCCGUGGCCCAGUCCAUCAACCCGUUUUUGGCCCACUCAAGGCCCGGCCCGGUCGACUCGCCUAAAGCCUAGUGUUUUUUUUGGUGGAACAUAAUAAAAUUUUGGUAAAAAAAAUUUAAAAAAAGCAAAAAAAAUGAUCAGGCCCACCCAAGCUCGGCCCAAGCUCGAGGCCAGGCCAAGACCCACCGGGCCUGGCCUGAGGUCCGAAUACUCCCUGAGCCUAGGCCUGGGCCUAGUUUUUUUGGCCCAUGGCCAGGCCCGAAUGGGUCGGGCCGGGUCAAAUUUACACCCCUAUUGGCAACUAAGAUGGAUUUGGUUUCAAACUUUUAUGGUUAAUGGAAGUCUUUGGAUUUAAUCCAUUUAUUCUCAAAGUGGUAGAAAAUCAAGUUUUGGUAAAGUCUUUGGUCAUAUUCUGAUUAUUUCCAAAGUGUUUUGUUUUGAAAAAAUAAACCAAAUUUUAUCAUUAGCUAAAAUAUUUCUGAUUUUUAUUAAAAAAUAAUGAGCUCAGUUCCGGGAGUGCCGGUUAACUUUUAUGAAUAGUGUAAUUCUGAUAGCAAUUUUUAAUUAUUUGUAAGUUUUGUAAACUUGGUUUGUUUUAACUUAAUUUAUCCCCUGACUAACUUAAUUGUAAAUUUGUUUCCUAUGGAUUAGAGGUCAACAUACUCUUGAAAGUUUUGUCUAAGGUUAACUGGGUCUUAAGUGGGACCGGUGUGACUCCUCCGGUCUUCUUGGAAACUUUCUGAUCAUGUUCGAUUUUAGGGCAGUGCUAUUGAAAUGCAGCUGUUGAGGAAAUUAAGCGGCCAGGAUGAAAAGAUGCAAACACUCAGAAACAACUUUGAAGCGUUGGACAGCCGAGCAGUUGACGUAAAAGCAGAAGUAGAAGAUGCAGAAUUGCGAACAGGAAAGAAACGGAAACAUGAAGUUGAAAAUUGGCUGAGCAAUGUAGAAAGGAUGAGAAAUGGAGUUCAAAACUUAGAACAAGAAGUACGAGAAAGGAAAAUUUCUUUGCUCUUGUUGGGAAAUCGUGUUGAUAAAUUGAAUGUAGAAAUUGCGCAACUCCGUGAGCAAGGUAGUUUUCAAGGGGGGCUUCUACUUGACGUGUGUGCGACCCGAGGAGAAUCUCUGUUGUCAACAGAAUUAACAGGCCAAACAGUACAGCAAAAUCUGGAGAAAAUUUGGGCAUGCUUGAUGGAUGACUCUGAAGAAUUACGCAUUGGGAUUUGGGGAAUGGGGGGAGUCGGCAAAACAUCUCAGGCUGUGAACAUCCAUAAUAAACUUUUAGAAAACUCUGAAACUCGUGAUCAUGUCUUUUGGUGUACUGUAUCAAAGGACCAUGAUUAUAGCAUUGGUAAGCUGCAGAGUGACAUUGCUAAAUGUUUGAAGUUAGAUUUGUCGAAUGAGAACGAAGAGAAGAAAAGGGCAGCAGAAUUGUCGCAAGCAUUUGCAAGAAGGGGGAAAUGUGUUCUCUUUUUGGAUGAUGUGUGGGAUAACAUUGAUCUACAUAGGGUCGGAAUUCCUAGUGGAUGUAAGUUGAUCCUCACUGCUCGCUCAUUCGAUAUAUGCCGCAAGAUGGUUUGCAAAGGAUUCAAAGUGGAACCUCUUUCUGAAGAAGAAGCUUGGAACUUAUUUUGGGCGAAACUUUGUAAUGGGCAAGACACGACACUUUCUCCAGAAGUAAUAGAUAUUGCAAAGUCUGUGGCAGCUGAAUGUGAUGGUUUGCCACUCGGGAUUAUUACCAUGGCUGGAAGCAUGAGAGGGGUGGAUGACAUUCGUGAGUGGAGGAAUGUGAUUGAACAACUGAAGGAACCUACCAUGGGGCAUGAAGAUAUGGAAAAGGAUGUAUUACCGUUAUUGAAACUUAGUUAUAGUCGCUUGAAUGGCACAAAAUUGAAGGAUUGUUUCUUGUAUUGCGCCUUGUAUCCUGAAGAUUGGGACAUACCAAGAAAUGAAUUAAUUAGAUAUUUCAUUGCUGAGGGACUGAUUGACAGAAGUAAGAGUUUGAUAAGACAGUUUGACGAGGGUCACACUAUCUUGAAUAAACUUGAAAGGUCCUGCUUAUUGGAACCUUUUUUUUAUGAUCAUGCAUAUGUGAAGAUGCAUGAUUUGAUUAGGGACAUGGCACUAAAGAUGACAGAAAAUCGAUUCAUGGUAAAAGCUCGUCUUGGAUUGAUGGAAAUUCCACAUCUGCAGGAAUGUGCCGGAAAUCUGGAAAAGGUUUCCUUGAUGUGUAAUAACAUACGAGAAAUUCCAUGCGGCUGGUCCAUGAGGUGUCAUAGUCUUUCGACAUUGAUUUUGAAAAACAAUCUGUUGGUGAGCAUUGCAGAAUCAUUCUUCAAGCAUAUGCAUGCCCUACAGGUUCUUGAUUUGUCCAAUAAUCAUAGAAUUCAAGUGUUGCCAAAUUCCAUAUCAGACUUGGUGAACCUCACUGCAUUGUUGCUUGCGGACUGUAUUGUACUCACAUUUGUGCCUCCACUAGGAAAGCUUAGAGCGUUAGAAGAAUUGGACCUCCGUUGGACAAUGAUUAGGGAAGUACCUCAAGGUGUGGACAUGCUGGUCAAUCUAAGAAGUUUGAAUAUGGAAAACACAUUUCGGCUAGAGAAGAUACCAAGUGGGACAUUAAGCCGACUCUCCCAUCUCCAACUCCUUAGACUUGGACAUACACCUGUAGAAAUACAAGCAGCAGAGGAAUUGGAGGGGUUGACGAAGCUGGAAGAACUUGAUGUCCGUCUGGGCGAUGUUCAUUCUUUCAACCAAAUCGUCAAAUUUCUACAACACCGUGAGGUGCCGUUGGACAAGUAUUUGCUUCAGCUUGGAGUCCCUCCUUUUGAUGGUAAAAUUUAUAGCAAACUCAUAUCAUGGAAGGGGGAAAACAUUUCCAAGGGAGAAGAUGUCAGUUUUCUGCCAUACGAUCUUGAGGCCUUAAUUAUUAGGGAUCAAUGGUUUAGUAGCGGCUGUUUUUGUGAUGUUUUCCCGUCAUUUUGGGAUAAUGCAAGACACCUGCAGUUUUGUAAAAUUUUAAAUUGCGGAGGGAUAGAGAGCAUCGUGUCCGGUUGCUCCUGCUUCACUUUCUCGUCUUCAUCCCGCAAUGAGGAGGAGAUAGAAGUAGGUGAUGAUCAAUUAGGAGAGUCCUGCAAUGCCCCAUUUCAAAGCGUUCAGAAAUUGAUUCUCUCUCGUUUGCCGGAUCUCAGGGGCCUAAUUGGGUGGGAGAAGUUGGCGGGGUCCAGGUUGGCGUUUGGAGUAAUUGCACCUCAUGGCACCUUUUCCAAUCUUAGAAACUUGGAAAUCUCGAAUUGUCCCAAAAUGAAGAGCGUGUUCACGCCUGGCUUGCAGCUGCCACACUUGGAACAGAUAACGAUCAGAAACUGCAAUGAAAUUGAGGAGAUAUUCGAUGGUGCACGUACCACUCUGUCAGAGCUAAAUAGAUUGUGUCUUUCUUGUUCUCUAUCUGAAUUUGAGAGCAUCUGCGAAGGAAUGGAAACAAGCUUCUUCGGAAAUAAUUACGAUAUGCCUUUCAUUCUUCCCAAAUUGAAGAGAUUGGAGCUUGAUUCUCUGGCGAAAUUGGAGAGCAUCUGCGAAGGAAUAAUGGUUUGUGAUUCCAUUAAAGAAAUUAAUAUAAUAGAGUGCCCCAAGCUGAAGAGGCUCCCUUUGUUUUUGCCCAUAGAUAAUAAUGGACAACCGUCUGCUCCAAUGACUCUUGAACAGAUCAACGUCACUAGCAAUGACAUAGAUUGGUGGGAAUCACUAGAGUGGGACCCUCCCAAUACCAAGGAUGUGCUUCGACCCUUUUUGACGAUAACGUGAUAUUUCAGGAACAAUAAUGUUUGGUGUCAUGAAAAUUUUUUUAUGAAAAUAAUCAUAAAAAUUUUGUGAUUUUUGAAUUACACUUAAAAUAAAGCAUUACAUAUUAAUCAAAGUAAUCUAAAAAUCAUAAAUUUUUCAUAAUCAUUUUCAUAAUUUUUUUUUACCCUUUUUACGCUUUCACCCGUAUCAGAGUUGGAAAUUUUUUCAUACGUUAGCGGGUUCUUCUUGUUGAGCUUUCUCUUUACUUAUGAUAGAGUUGCACUUUGACUUGAUCCAAUAUUAGUUUAGAUUUGGGCUGAAAAA